GCUAACAGUGCAAACAACGUCUCCUCCCACUCAGCCAAACUCAACCAUAUCUACAAAGUGAAGCUCUUUGCAGCUGGGACUCGCAGCUCCAUUGCAAAUGGUUAUGAUUUUUAAAAAGGGACUUUAUAACCUCUGCACCGCUGGUGUGCCUUACAGAGCAGGGAUCUACGGGUCAGCUUCGCCAGACAGAAGGUGUUGGAGGAAACAGACGUGGCUAGGUGUUUGCCUGGCCGCUCCCCUCCCUAAAUAGCUUCUCAUAUGCUCCAAGCGACCUUCUUUUCCCGAGCCAGCUCAGCCCAGCGGUUCCAUCGACAAACGCAUUGCUUUGAUCCCCAAAUCGCUUCCAGCGGUUUGAGACCCGCGGGCGCUGCCUGGCUUUUUUAACUUGAAGUUCACACAGACUUCGCUUGAUGUCACUCAGUUUUCAGGGGGACCUGCCCAAUAUAUUUUGGCACUUGAGAUAUAUAGAAUAAAUAUCUCUGACCGGUCAUGGACUUAGGGGACUCAGAGUCCCAUGGGGAGUUGGGCAGCAAAAGCCAAACCCCGAUUUUUACAUCACUUCAUGGCCCUUAGUUUUCAACCAAUCUUGCACUGCUGUUGGAGCAUACGAGACAAACGUCCACCCCUCCUUUGGGCUGGACUGGACAGAAAAAAACUAUAAAGCCAGGACUUCCAAGUCCGAUGGUUAGGAACUAUUAGGGUGGUCAACCGGUCCGUCACAAUCCCACCAUCCUCUGCAGGGAGGAAGAUAUUCUUACAACGGCGGACUUCAGAGACAAAUCCGCCCUAGCCAUUGUAACCCUGAAGCCACGACUCCCGUAAUUCCGCCCUCAGUUAAGAUGGCGGCGGCGGUAGCAGGCAAGGGCUCGGUCAGGCGCCUUCUCCGGGUGCCCCCUGGCUGGUAUUGCAGCUCCUGCCAGGGGACUCGUUCUGUUGCUUCGCCGUCCUCCGCGCGAGUGCGCCAGGCUUUCCUCCAGUUCUUCAAGGAGCGGCAUGGGCACCAAGUGGUGCCGUCGGCUCCGGUGCGGCCGCGAGGGGAUCCCGGGCUGUUGUUCGUGAACGCGGGCAUGAACCAGGUACGUCCUCAAAAAGGGCGCGGCGGAGGAACCAGCCCUGCAGAGAAUGGUUCCUACCGCUGCUUUGCGUGCCCGGUGUGAUCCGGUUGGGAUAGGACAAGUUAUUCCUUUUCCUCAAGGUCCAGUCGACUCCGCCGCUAUCCCUCCCUCUUAUCUGCGGGACGAAGCAAAGGCCCUGUAAAAGGAGGAGCUCCGGCAGAGAAGGGAAAGUGUCAGGUUCAAGCUGAGGGGAAAUAAAAACAAAACAAAAUAAAGUAAAAUAACUUAGGGAAUCCAAUGCGUUUCCACUGGGAAUCUUCCUCAUGGGACUCGUCUGGGAUUCCUUCUUUACACGCUUUCUAUGAAAAACUUUAAUCGCCCUGAUGAAGUUUUUAAAUCAAAGCAGUGCCUAUAAGUGAAAUGGAAAUAAUAUUUUGCUUAAUGUAUUUGAGUAGAUGUUUUCCGGUGGCCAAAUCCCACAGGUUAUUAGUGGGGAAACAAUAUAUUUCAUUUGGACAAGAAAGCAAAAUUAAAAUGAUUUCCAUAGCGAUAGCCUUGCGCCUCUUGCAACAAAACCAGCAAAGAGUCUUAUGGCAUCUUAAGAGAGUAAGAAAAGUAUGGUUGCAUAAGCUUUGAUAGACUGCAGUUUGCUACAUCUGAGUUGCAGGGACACAUAAACGAGAUUGUAAACAGUGAAGCUGGAAGGAAAUGCAGUGCAGAUAAGUACAGGCAGGGAUUAUUAGUGAUGGGCAUUCACAAAGAAACAUAAUUGAUAACAUGUCCUGGCAUUGAUAUGGGGACGCGGGUGGCGCUGUGGUCAAAACCACAGAGCCUAGGGCUUGCCGAUCAUGCUGGCCACAUGACCCGGAAGCUGUCUGCAGACAAACACCGGCUCCCUCGGCCUAUAGAGUGAGAUGAGCGCCGCAACCCCAGAGUCGUCUGCAACUGGACCUAAUGGUCAGGGGUACGUUUACCUUUUACCUGGCAUUGAUAAUAUGGUUAAUGCAUAAAAGUCUAUUGUUCCCAUUUAGUCCACUAGCAAUUUAAAUGAAAAUGAAAAUCGCAGCAGGCCCCAGGAUGGGUUAUAAUAAUUUUAAAUUAAAAAACAUUAAAAACAAAUUGCAGUCACAGGAAUAGGGAGGACCAUGAAAACAUACAUCUCAAGUGUGAAAGGGCCAAGGUAAAGAGGUGCAUCUUUAGUAUUUGCCAAAAGUUAUAGUGAACGUUCCAGAUGCACCCUUGUGGGGAGGGGAUUCCAGAAUUCAAGAUGUAUUGCAACACUUUCAAAAGAUGCUUAUUGCUUCAAAAAGGGAAUUUCUAAAAUCCUGGGGCAGUCACCAAGAAUGCCUUUCUGGAUGUACACAUUUUGGUAGCUCCACAUCCUGACAGUAUGAAAGAGGAAGCCCCUCGUGUUAGUUGAUAGCAAGAUUUAUUUUGAGCCUGUGCUAUAUAUUAAGAAUUCAGGUGAUGUAAAUCACAGUUAAAUUGGCAUCCCAGGAGUCAAAUAAUUUGUUUUUAUUAAGAAAAACUACCAUUUUCACUUGCUGGGAGAAAACAUCCCCUUUCUGCCCAUUUCCUGUCUAGAUCAAGACAAUAUAUUGGGUUGUAUCCAACUAAAUCAUACUCUUGAGUACACCCUUUAAAAUCAAAGACUUAAGUUACUUCCUUUUAGAGAAACCCAGGGUGGGUGGGUAACAGUAACCAAAUAAAAUCAACAUUAAUCCAUGUUGUUGUUUUUUUUGGGGGGGGGUUCUGUUUUUGUUACUGUGUUACAUAUUUUUGUGUUUUUAUGUGACCCUUGGCUGAAGGGAGGUAUAGAAAUUUUAACAACAAUAAUAACCCAGUAUACAAUGAAAUACAAUCCACCAGUAAAAUACAGUGCUGCUGCAGCAAUCAUUGAGUUAUAACGACUCCACACCAGCUCUUGGCUAUAGGCUUGGAGAAGGAGAUACUUUUAUGUUUUCACUUGAAAGAAAACAGUUGGGGGAGGGCAACCAGAUCUCUAGCAGGGGGCGAGUUCCAGAACUGAGGUUGUGCCAUCAAAAAGAUGCUGCCUUUUGUCACCACCUUGUGGUCUGAUCUUGAUGGAGGCACCAUGAGCAGGGCCAGCCUUGCCAUUUACCGUAUUUUUCGCUCCAUAGGACGCACUUUUUCCCCUCCAAAAAUGAAGGGGAAAUGUGUGUGUGUCCUAUGGGGCGAAUGCAGGCUUGCGCUGAAGCCUGGAGAGCGAGAGGCAUCGGUGCGCACCGACCCCUCUCGCUCUCCAGGCUUCAGGAAGCUAUCCGCAAGCCUUGCAAGCCCGGUGGGAGUUCCCGCGGGCUCACAAGGCUUGCAGGCAGCAGCCUGCAGCCCCGGCGAGUGUCCGCAAGCCUUGCGCGCCCGGCAGGAGGUCCCGCCGAGCGCGUGAGGCUUGGGGCGGCAGCUUGUCGCCCGAAGCACGGGGAGCCCUCCGGAGGGCUCCCCGUGCUUCGGGCGAGUGUCUGCAAGCCUUGCGCGCCCGGCAGGAGGUCCCGCCGAGCGCGCGAGGCUUGGGGCGGCAGCCUGUCGCCCGAAGCACGGGGAGCCCUCCGGAGGGCUCCCCGUGCUUCGGGCGAGUGUCUGCAAGCCUUGCGCGCCCGGCAGGAGGUCCCGCCGAGCGCGCGAGGCUUGGGGCGGCAGCCUGUCACCCGAAGCACGGGGAGCCCUCCGGAGGGUGCCCCGUGCUUCUUGCAGGUGUGCACAAGGCUUGGGGCGGCAGCCGCGGCGGGGGGGGGGGGAAUAAUUUUUUUUAUUCAUUUUCCCCCCCAAAAAACGAGGUGCGUCCUAUGGGCCGGUGCGCCCUAUAGAACGAAAAAUACGGUAAUUGGGCCCAGUAGUUCACUAGCAGGCUAUUACAGCUUUAUAGCAUGCCUUCCCCUGGAUCCCAACUUCAGCAUCUGUUGUAUGUGAAAACUGCUUUGUGUUUCUCCUUCACUUUCCAGUUCAAGCCCAUUUUCCUGGGCUCAGCAGAUCCCCGGAGUGAGCUAGCAAGUUACCGGCGGGUGGUGAACAGCCAGAAAUGUGUGCGUGCAGGUGGGAAGCACAAUGAUUUGGAGGAUGUGGGCCGAGAUGUUUAUCAUCACACGUUCUUUGAAAUGCUGGGGAACUGGUCCUUCGGUGAUUAUUUCAAAGUAAGAGAUGAGGCCAUGCUUUAUUAUAAAACACAUUAGGUGUUUCUGUUUAUAUUUUUAAUUUGCUGCAGUAUGGUAGAGACAAACUUUUGCGGUGAUGUUUUGUUUUUAAACCACAAUGCCUUUAGAACUGAUUUACGCAUGCAGAACUGCCCUGCGAUCUUUUGAUGAAGGGCAGUGUAUUAACAACAACAACAACAACAACAACAACUUUACUUGAAUGCAAUGCACACCUUUUUUGACCAAAUUACGUCGUGAAAAUUAGGGUGCGCAUUAGAUUUGAUGGCACCAGCAAAUACUUUUUUGGUUUCAAGGUUUUGAAAAUUGAGGUGCACAUUAUAUUUGCAUAAAUAUGGUAAUAAUAAUAAUAUGAUAUCUGGACUGAAAUAAGUGGGGGAAUUUAUGUUUCCCUGUGUAAAGGACAAUCUGCUUGCAUGGGGAAUCAUAACAUUGUAGAGUUUGAAGGGACCCUCAGGAUCAUCUAGUCCAACCUAGCCUUGUCCCCAGCUUUCCACAGACAGGGCAUUUUAAUGUGGGAGAACAGUCACAUAUGAAAUAAGUCCCCUCCCACACACCAUGAAGGGGUCUAGAUGCAGGUGAAAUGGUGCCAUAUGCUAUUGCUGUGUGUUUGAUAUUAGACCUUGGAAAGGUAACAUGGGAGAUGGUGAAGCAGGAGGUUGUGACUAAUUACAAAGCAUCUGUUUCCAGCUCUGCAUUGAUUCAAGAGCAGAGCAUGGUGCUUUUAUUUCAUUUUUAAUUGGGAAGCUAACAAGCCCAGUGCGUCGGAGCUCAUAUGCUGCUUAAUGAGCCUGGUUCUUCUUCUUUCAUCAUUAUUAGUUAGUCUUGCUGGCAGCAUAAGACCUGUUAAUCACCGUCAGUCUAUCCACUCUUGCAUAUUGGUACCACAAGAUGAGAGCAAUUCUUGCACUCUUCAUUUCAAACCAUUGUUCAGAAUUUCCUCCAUUCUAUCCUAUGGCUCCAGUACAAAAACAAUCAAAAGCAAGGCCAGACCAACAGCGAUAGAGGCUGUUCUGAGCUACAACAGUGGUGGGAACCCUGCAGCCCUUCAGAUGUUGUUCAACUCUUAAGUUCCUAUGAGCUCCAGGCGGCGUCGCCAAUGGUCGGGGAGGAUGGGAGAUGUAGUCCAGAACAUCUGGAGGGCCACAAAGUCCCAAUGCUUGCACUACAAACGUUGGAGCUGGAGGAAAUCUCUUGUUGUAACUGGGGAACAAGCUUUUGUAGGUGCUAAUACACACACCCCAUCAUAGAAAUGCAAGGCUUCCUUGGUUUCUCUGAGCACAAGUUACCAGCUGCUAUUAAAAUAUCAGUUGUGAGAAACCUGAUGGCAUGUUGUCUAAACUAAUAUUGUUUGUGUUUGUAUUUACAAACAUGAUUUAGCAAGUUUUUCUUUCUCAUACUUUUAGCCUAAGUGCUUUGGACAAUGUGAGAGAACACAGUAAAAACAAAGUUCCUGAGUCGUCCUCUGCCAUUCAUGAACUUGUUUGUCUCUUAUCUGUCUACAUGCAACUCCCCAAUUACGUGUGGCCUCGCUCACGUGCGGCGCCGGGAAGCAAGAAGUGCUGAAAAUUCCUCUUGGGUUGUGAGGAGACCCUCCUUAGGGCCCGAAGAGGACAAACAAAGCCCCUCUGCAUCUCUGGUUUCUUCGGCAUCCUCUUUGGGCUCUGGGGAGGGUCUCCUCACAACCCAAGAGGACUCUCCAGGGUGCUCCCCACUUAUGCACAUUUCACUUUUGCAUGUGGGGACCUGGAACAUAACCCCCAUGCAAGUGGGAUGUCACCUGUAUUUGUAUUUAAUCCUUAAGCCUGAACUCAUUGGGAAAUCAUACAUGGAGUCAACAACAACCCUGUGAGGUAGCCUGCCCAAGGGGACUGAGUAGGUCCCUUUCCUUGGUUCAAAUCUAUCAUUAUGUAUACUAUGCAACACUGUCCUUGAAAAUAAGAUAAACUAAAAUAGAAGCCAUCCCCCUUGCAAUUAAGUAACUUCCUUAUUAUCCAAACAUUGGCUUGUUAUUUACCAUCAUUUGACAACUUUCCUUGUCUUCAGGAGGAAGCUUGUAGCAUGGCAUGGGAGCUCCUAACACAGGUCUAUGAAAUCCCCAAGGACCGUCUGUAUGUCACCUAUUUCGGAGGAGAUGCCUCACUUAGUCUAAGUGCAGAUGAAGAGAGCAGGGAAAUUUGGCUCAGCCUGGGGUAAGUAAAUGAAAAAGAUGCCAAAAGAGAUAAUACAGUGGUACUUUGGUUCUUGAACUCAAUCCAAUCUGGAAGUCUGUUCGAAUUCCAAAACGUUCGCAAACCAAGGCAUGGCUUCUGAUUGACUGAUUGGCCCUAGAAACAAUGCCAACAGCCGAAAUGGAUGUUCGGCUUCCAAAAAACGUUUGCAAACAGAACACUUCCAGGUUUGUGGCGUUCAGGAGCUGAUUUGUUCGGGAGCCAAGGUACCACUGUACUAGAAGUCUGAUCUGGAUGUUGUCCAAGGCUGUUUGUAGCCAUGCCUUACACCACAUGGUAUGCAUGCAGACGUCCAAUUCAGCAUCCAAAAUAACACAUAAAAAAAGGUUUCUAGUUUUUACAGGAUAAGUUAUUGAAAAUGUGCAGGAAAUGUCUCCAAAAAGCUUGGUAACUAACAAGGACUUCAGUUACGGUCUCUGCUAAGCACAGUUGGCAUUCUUUAUCUUUUCUGUGCAUGGAUCCUUGUUGGCACCUUGUCACCCUCUCUGCCAAAAAUUCCAUCCAUCCAGAUUGCGUCUAUUCUGAGUACAGAACUUGAAUUUCUUGUCACAGUUAGACCUGCCCUGAUGGGGAGUUUGUAUGUUUUGCUCUUAAAAUGAAGUAAGCACUGCACAAUUUUUUUAAAAAAAAUUGACCAAAGGCUUGCAAUCAAAGUGGUAACAUGGGGGUGGGAUAGAGUGUACAGAAAAUAUGUUAGAAUGUGCAAAGAUUGGAUGCAUCCCAGCAUACAUUAGAUAUGACCAGGCCCAAGUAUUUGCCACGUUUUUCUGUACUACUUGUUUUUUACUUAUUAGUUUUUACUGAUAAGAGGCUACCAUCGUAGAGGAGCAGUAUGAUAACUCAUAGUUAAUGGUAGUGCUGCAGUUGCUCAGGCAUUAUAGAGAAUUAUCCUCUUCUGUCUUGUGCCCUGUUUAUUGUGAGGUUCAAAGGCUGAGGUUUUGGGUAAGAAAAAUGAGUGUGGUUUUAUUGCCCUAGGUUCAUAAGCCGUUCUCUUCUUGCUUUCCAGUGUGCCUCCCAGCCACGUGCUUCCUUUUCAGUUGCAAGAUAACUUCUGGGAGAUGGGCGAUACUGGUCCCUGUGGACCCUGCACAGAAAUCCAUUAUGACCAUGUGGGCAGGGGUAGGAAUGCGGCAGCACUGGUGAACCAGGGCAACCCUGAAGUGGUGGAGAUCUGGAAUCUGGUUUUCAUGCAGUAUAGCAGGUAUGAAAUGGUGGAGCAGCUUGGGUACCGAACUUUGUGCCAGGGCCCCACUUCUUGGUUGGAGGCUUCUAUACCAUUGGAACAAUCACAAGAGUCUACAGUGGCCUGAUGUUUUGGACCGCAACUCCUGCCAUUCCUCACCAUUGAACUUGCUGAUCAGGGCUGAUGGGACUUGUAUUCCAAAACAGCUGGAGAGCAAAGCUGCUCUACAGUAGGGUUGGGGAACUGGAUCUGGCUGGUGGACUGGAUCCAGAAGUAGCCAUAUUCUUCCUUUGCAGCCAUGGCCACCCCCAUCGUUCAGCCCAGACACUGAGAUCCAGCGCCGAGGGCCUUCUGGCGGUUCCCUCAUUGCGAGAAGUAAGGUUACAGGGAACCAGACAGAGGGCCUUCUUGGUAGUGGCGCCCACCCUGUGGAACACCCUCCCUUCAGAUGUGAAGGAAAUAAGUAGCUAUCCUAUCUUUAAAAGACAUCUGAAGGCAGCCCUGUUCAGGGAAAUUUUUAACAUUUAACGCUGUAUUGUUUUUAAUACUUGAUUGGGAGCCGCCCAGAGUGGCUGGGGAAACUCAGCCAGAUGGGCGGGGUAUAAAUAAUAAAUUAUUAUUAUUAUUAUGGCUUAUGAAGAGAGGAAGCUGCCUUACACUGAGUCAGACCCACUGGUCCAUUUAGCUCAGUAUUGUCUACACUGACUGUCAGUGGCGCUCCAGAACUUCAGACAGGGGUCUUUCUUUCUCAGCUGUACUUGGAGAUGCCAGGGAUUGAACCUGGGACAUUCUGCAUGCAAAGCAGUUCUAAAUAAAAUAUAGUGGACCCGCCACUUCCACAUGGUUUGGGGUCCGCACACAAAGGCAAAAUCAUCUAAAGCCAGGAAACCCCUAGAACCAACCUCCCGCCCCUCAUGGGACCAUCCCUACCAGUCCAGAGCAGGCCAUGCCCUCUGCCUCCUGGCGUCCUGGGCUCUGGGAGGUCAUGUGAGGGUCCUGGGAAUGUCCCAAAGCCCACAUAUAUCCUUCCCUGAGGCUGUUAAGCAAGGUGGAAGACUUGAAGAGCUCUCCCCAUGGCAGGUGUCCCCCACUCUCUAUUUAUUUUUGGCCGUGCGCCUACAGUCAUGAUUGUGCAAGUAAAUAACAUGUUAAGUGGCGGACCCAUUGCGUUCAAGCUGUGUCUCCAAAGGUUUUCCUUUUGCAGCCUUAAACUGAAGCAAAGCUGUGGUUGCAAAGGAACAUUGGGAGUGCAUUCAAAGUUAUUCUUUCUUCUGAAUAUAGCACCUUGCACCCUGCUGAUUUCAGAAGAGUUCUGGAACAUUCAAGAGCAGGGCGGAGGUUCCCUACCAAUGCUCUAGAGUAAUUUGACCUGCCUUUCAAGCACCCUGCGUAAUGUACUCCAUAUAAGAACUUUUGUAACGCCUCACUUUCAUAGUCUGUUUGAUCCUCUUUCUAUCCUCUGCUGCAGCCUUCUGAUAAUGCUUCUACUACCCUUCUCAUUCAUUUCCAUAGUACCGUAUUUCCAAAUUAUGAUAUCUCCUUUACUGUCUGGGGUUUUUCCCAUCCACAGCUUGAGGUGAAUAAUCAAGCCCUUUGCUUCUAUCUUACAUCUGUCUUUCCCCCCCAACUUAACCCUCUUUGGUUACUGACUGGUCUAUUGCCAGAGAGGCUGAUGGAAGUCUACAGCAGCUGCCUGAGCAUCAUGUGGACACAGGAAUGGGUCUGGAAAGAUUGAUGACCAUUCUCCAGAACAAGCGCUCCAAUUACGACACCGACCUCUUCACUCCUAUCCUGGAUGCCAUCCACAAGGUGAUGAUCAGUUGCCAGGGGAAUCCAAACUGAAACUUCAGAGGGUUUAUAUGUAAAAGCUACAUACCUAGCAACAUUAGCUGCUUCUGGGUGAGCAGAGAAAUGGCAGUUCCUGGUCUCUUGGUGGUUUUUCAUUUGGUUGUGGGGGGGUGGGGAACACUCCUAGCUGCACGGCUCUUUAUAACUAGGAGAGAUAGUUUGAGCAGCUGUGAUACACCACAGCAGUCAUUUCUAAGGUGAAAAGAACAACAGUUGCAGCUGCUUCUUGGUCAAAACCCUAAAAGGGCUCGGGGAGAUGGCAACACCAGUUUGCCAGCCCUUUCAAUGUGACAUUUCUUUCCUGGGUGGAAAAGUGCAGCUCUCGAGAGCUGAAAAAGUGUUGCAAUAACACCUGGCCCUCCUUCUGUGUCUGGAAAUGAGUUCCCUGGCAGUCUCCUAACUAAAUCAACAAAGAAAGUGCUGCAGGAUCAGGCCCAAGGGCCCAUCUUGUGCAGCAUCCUGUUCUCACAGUGGCCAGCCAGAUGCCCGUGGGAAGCCUCAGUGAAACAGCAAUGCUGCCCACUUCUGAUUUGCAGUGACUGGUAUUCGGAGACAUCCUGCUUCUGACAGCAGAGCUACAACUAUCUCUUUAUGCUUUACAGUGGUACCUUGAGUUACAAACGCUUCAGGUUACAAACUCCACUAACCUGGAAGAGUUACCUCAAGUUGAGAACUUUGCCCCAGGAUGAGAACAGAAAUCGUGUGCUGGCAGCGCAGUUGCAGCAAGAAGCCCCAUUAGCGAAAGCACGCCUCUAGUUAACAACAGUUUCAGGGUAAGAACGGACCUCCGGAACAAAUUAAGUUCGUAACUAGAGGUACCACUGUAUAGCACAUUCUUACACAUGCCUUUGUGGAAAUAAUUCCCACUGGGCUCAAUGGGGCUUACUCCUGGGUAAGUGAGAAUAGGACUGCAACUGUAAAGGGCCAAGAGACACAGCCAUGACAGUUCCUGCCCAGCACCCUGAGUUAUUUUCAGAGAGACAAAUGGAACUGUGUGCAAAGAGGAAGCAAGGAUGAGAAUUGGGAGGGCGGGUUUUACAACUAUAUUUCCAAGACUGAUAGAGAGGCUUAUGCCUUAGUUUGGCAUGGUAGCUUCUAUCUUGUACUUUUAAAGAACUUCCAGAGGACUUUAAACAAAUGUUACAGAAGAACAAUGAUCAUUUGAAGGCGACAUCUGCAGUAUUCAGUGCUAUGAAGCUUUCCGUGCAGCCCCCCUAUUCAGGCUUCCUAAAAUAUAUAUUUGUCCUGCAGGGCUGUGGUGGGCCCAGAUAUCAAGGCUUGGUUGGAGAAGCUGACCCUGGGAGUGUGGACAUGGCCUACAGAGUGGUGGCAGAUCACGUGCGCACCUUGUCCGUCUGCAUUGCCGAUGGUGUUUACCCAGGCAUGUCUGGUGCCGAGUAAGGAAGAAGCACAAUCACAAGGGUUGGUUGGGGCAGAGGAAUGGCUCUGAACUUAAGGGGAGCUUAAGGAGACUUGAGCAAGAUGGGGGCUUUUGGAGGAGGAGGAGAUUCUGGAGUGAAAAAGCAGAGUCUAAAAUGGACAUGGAGCAGCGGAGAGGAACCUCUGGCCCUCCAGAUGUUGGACUGCAUCAUCCCUGACUGUAGGCAUGCUGCCUGCAGCUGAUGAGAACUGGAGUCCCAACAACAUCUGGAGGGCUACAUGUUCCCCAUUCCUGGCACAGAGAGACUACACUCUUGACUGCUGUCAGGAAACCAGGUGUGGAAGAGGCAGAAGAAUCGAUUGUCGAUGUGACAGGUGUGAGAUGCAUGCAGGAGGAUAAUCGGUGAUGAGUCAAGGGGAAUCUGAAGGAUAAAUAUUAACGGGAUCUUAUUGGUGGGGUGUUUGAACGUUGGGAGCAGGGCAAGGCUUUGGGGCGGGAGACCAACAUGCCAUUCAGCAAAUUUAGAAGGUGUCCCCCAAGGUAGCCUGGCUGGCUUACUACCUUUUGUGAUAAGUGAGAGAGUACUCAUUUGCCAUGUAAAGAGGAAUGGCGUGGGGGCAUAUGACCAUUAAAGUGUGGUGUCUAAAACUGGCUAACUGCACUACCUGGUUGGGAGGCUGGUUAGAAAAAGAACAGCAUUCUGACCAAGAACACUUAGCUGUUCUUGAAAUUUCUUUUCCCUGCAGGCUUGUCCUUCGCCAGAUCUUGCGCAGGGCUGUGCGGUUUUGCUCUGAAGUUCUCCAUGCGCCACCUGGGUUCCUGGCCAGCUUGGUUCCUGUUGUGGUGGAAAUUCUGGUAACCGAGGAUUUUCCUGGGGAGAGGCACUUGUUUCUAGCCAGGUUCCCAUCCAAAUGUUGUAGCAAUUUUCCUGGUUCAUGUGUAGACCAAGAGUACACACCUAGUAACAGGACGAGCAACCUAGUUUCGUGAAAUGAUAGGCCCAAUACUUAUGAGAUCCUUUAUUUAUUUCACAUUGUGGAUGGGUGGGGGGAGUGGUAACUGUUUGCUUUAGGUCCUGAUAAAUGCUGAUGACUGAGCUACAAAGAGUCUGUUCCUUAAUGUUUCAAUAACUGCAGCUGUAGGUAGAGUUGCUGGAGUUGUGACAAAGCAGAGAGGGUUGUAUGUGAGGACAAAAGCUUCCUGAGAUGCCAUCCAAGGGAGACCCCUGUUUUGCCAGAUGCAAGGUGGUUCUUUUAAAAGAGAUUCAGAAGCAGUACAAAACACCAGUGAGUGAGAAGAAGAUUUUACUUCUAAACAGCUAGCAAUAUAUACAUACCAAGCAAGCACUUGUAUCUGCCACUUGGAAGCCCUCAAGAAGCAGCGAAGUGACUCCCCCAGGUAGCCUCAGUUUGCACAGCCCUGCAGCUGAUCAGUCCGUGUACGAGUUUCUGAAAAACUCUGCCCACACCAUCCGAUUUUAUAGAUAGCCACCUCCUCCCAAUGCCUCGCUUUCCCACAACAUUUUCCAACAUCAAAGAAGGUUUCCAGCACUAUCCUCCCAGGCUGAUUAAGGCAGCUGUGUGGGGGGCUUCACCUCCUCCCAACUGAUUAGGACACCAAAGACUGUUCUCACACCAUCAAAAACUUAACAAGGGCGAGGGAGGGGGAAAGGAACAGAGGCAGGAAGGGUAACCAUGUCAUAUCUCUAAUUCCUCAUUUUGUCUACUGUAUGGAUUUCCCAUACAACCUUCCAUACUAGGGAAAACAUAGACUGGUGUAGCAGUCCCCCUAGGGUCUGCUCUUCAGUCUCACUACAAAAUCCACAAAGCACUUCAUGCCAGAGAAGUGUGCCUGAGAGGUGCUUUGGUCAGGGGAUUUAGAAUGAGGAAACUUGGGCUGUGCUUGCAGGGUUCUGCUUCUUUGACUGAAUGACAGCCACGCUCCUAUUAAGAAGGGGGGAGAAAGGACUUGAAAGAUGUGCGAGUUUAAAGGCCGUGGGUGGUCGCUGUGCAAACCAAAGCUUUAAAUUGUCAAGUUCAGAUAUCCUGCUUAUACAGGAUAGUUCCUGCCACUGAUGUAAGGAGCAAAGCUGUGUGCUUGGUAGUGCAUUGUCAGCAGGGCUGGGACUGGAACCUCUGCUUCUGAGAGUCCGUCAUUCUUCCUUUGCAGGGAGAUGCCUAUCCGGAGCUAAGGAAGGAUACAGACACGGUGAGCAACAGGAACUGGUGGGUCAAAACUCAUAUCUAAUUGGUAAUUACUGCCGGUUGCACGAAGUAUAGGAACUAUCCUCACUGGAUGAUGGUGUGUACAGGAACCUCUUGUAUAAGUUUUCUCAUGAAUUCUCUCCAGUUGAAUUUGCUGCACAGGAGCUUCCACUAUUAAAGAAGGGAUUCCCCCCCCCCCCUUCUCAUUGGGAGGAAGCUAAAGGAGAGCAGCUGGGAGCAGGAAUAAAUGUAACACACUGAGCUGAAAGCAGGCUCUGUAGUUUGCUUCUUACCACAGCUGACGACGCUUACUAAAGCUGACCAGGUGCACCUAAAAGCAGAGGCUUUUUCUGCUACAGUCCAAUCUAGUGUUGCAAAUUCUAGUGUACAUAGAAAUAAGUGAAAUGAAGUAUUUUACAGGCACAGUUAGCAGAGCUACGUUUCAAACCUAUUUCCAAGCAACCAGUUUUGCUAUAGAAAAACCCCAAAAACCCAAGCAAAACCUACAGCAAGGUUGCGGAACCUGUGGCCCGCCUGAUGUUGUUGGACUACAGUCCUCAUAAUCCCUGAUGAUUGAUCAUGCUAGCUGAUGGGAACUGGAGUCCAGCAACAUCUUGUGCGCUGGUCCCCCAACCCUAACCUACAUCCUUUCCCCUUCUGUUUGAACCCAGGCAUACACACACAAUGCACUUACUUGCUGUUUUCCCCUAUCUGCACAGGCUUCUUUCCUUCCACAUGUACAUAAUAUUCAGUAAAUUGGAUUUCUGGCCUGUUCCAAAAGCUGACCCCCAUAAAUGAGGCAGAAUGGAUAGAGCAUACACCCUAUUACCUACUUUUAACCCCCACCCCAUCGGCUCAUCACAGGGCUGCAUAAAAAAGGGCAGUGGUUUAAGCAAAUGAGACACGACUGCACUACAGUCAUGAAUGACACUUUUACUCCACAUAUUCAGAGCGAUAGGAGGAGCCCUCGGUAUCUCAUGUCCUAUCUCAUUAAUAGCUUAUCACCUGAUGCAUUUGGGUCCCCGCCACUGCCUUUUAACACUUCCAUAUCUUUUGGAGUUCUUUGGAAUAAUUGGUUUAACUGCCUCCUGAAUCUGGCUCUGAUCUCCCAACAGAUUAUGAAUAUCAUCAGUGAGCACGAGGAUGCCUUUCUCUCUUCCCUUCUGCGGGGGCGCCGCAUUAUAAACAGAACCCUCCAACAGAUGGAUCAUUCCAAAGUCUUCCCAGGCAAGUAUUUUUUUCCUCUUCCUCUUGAUGGCUGAAGGAGAAGAGAAAAUGCAGUCACAAGGGAGGCAUCACUUGCAAUCUAUUCCCAUUUUUAAGCUGCCUGGCUUUUGAGUUGCCCUGCCUUUUUGGUCCUUGCAAUUAAACACACACCGUCUGUAACUGAAGGCACAGCUUACUUGUUCAGCAAUAGAACUUUGCCACUGAUUUCUGUUGAACUUUAGGUCCCAGACUUGUUGCUUUCUGUCUCCCAGUUAAGUAUUAAGCAUUAUGUGUCACUGAUACAUCCCCUCCACCCCGGAGUGGUUUUAUUAAGCCACUAGCUUAGGUGGUUUUAUGGCACACACCCUUGAAAAGGAUAGGUCUGUUCAUGGAUGUUGCCCAUGUUGGCUAAGUGAGAGAGGCAGUAUCCACCUAAAUAACAUGUGCUGGGGACAAACAAUGGGGGAUGCUCUUCAAACCCUGCUUGCUAAUGUCCAGAAGCACCUAUCAUGCCACUGCUGGAAAUGGAACGCUGGGCUGGAUCAUUCAUUCAUUUCAUUUCAUUUAUGAAUCACAUCCUGUGCAACACCUGGAACUAACUUAGCAACAAGACAACAAAACAAUAAAACAGUUUCUAUACAGGUAGAACCUAGGAUAAGAAUGUCCACUUAAAAGGCUUGUUGAAAAAAGGAAGGUUGUGAAUAGGUGCUGAAAAAACAAGAGCGGGGCCUGCCUGAGAUGUAACAGGAGAGAGCGCCAAAGAUUAGGUGCUGCCACAUGAAAGGCCUGCAUCCUACAUGGUCAGAACAGACCUCCUGAUGAGAUGGUACGUGCAGCGCAGUGCUGCUCAGUUGGGAAUACAAAGAGCAAGAUGAUAUUUUCAGAUGGAGCUUUGUUUCAUCUGACAAGACUUUUCUUUUUUACAUUCUUAAGGCAGGCAGACAAGCAGCCAAUAGCUCUCUGACUGACUGCAAUUUCUUCACCGCCAGUGCACUUUCGCUCCCAAACACACUGCAUUUGAAGAGAUAAUUUCUUGUUUCUCCUAAUGAAGCUCUUAAUGAAUUUAUACUCUCCUAAUUCUCCUAAUGAAUUUAUAUGCUGGAAGCCACCUUGAGCGUGUUCCAUCCUUAAAGGUGGCCUGCAAAUAUUUUAAAUAAACUAACACUCCUCCAUUGAUCUUACUUCUGCCUGCAGUGGAGGUUGCUUGGUCUCUCCAUAGCAAUUUGGGUUUCCCCCUGGAUCUUGUUGGCUUGAUGCUGAAGGAGAAGGGAGUCCAGCUGGAUGUUGCUGCUUUGGACCAUCUGGCUCGGGAAGAUGCUGAGGUAAGGCACACAUUUCUCUUCUUUUGUGCAUCACGUUAAUCUGCCUCAGACUUCAUUCCCUCUGACUACUGUCCUUCAAGGCAUUCAUUUUCAGUGGUAGUUCCCUGGUGGUGGAAUGCCCUCCCUAGUGAGGCGCACCUGUCUUGGUCCUGAUUAAUUUUCAGGAGGAAUUGUUUUCACAGGUCUUUAGUGACUGAAGAAUACUGUUCCUGGCAACCCCAAGACCAUUGUAUGGGAAAAAAUGAAUUUAAAAUAACUGCUUUUAGAAGUUUUUAAUUGCAGUUGUUCUGUCUUAGAAUGUUUUUGUGGUUAAAUUGUGUAUCUCUUUGCCACCUUGGGCUCCUUGCGGAGGAUGGGCAGGAUAUACAUUCAAUAGAUAAUAAAUAAUAAUAAUAAUACUUUUCAGGAAUUAUAAGGCAGGGCUGGCAAACCUGUGGCCGCCCAUAUGUUGUUGGACUUCCGUCAUUCCCAGGCAGCAUAACUGGUGGUCAAGGAGCAUGGGAGUUGUAGAGGCUGCUGUAUAAGGCCCUCUAAAGACGCCCCUCAGGGUGUUGUAAUAGUCCAAAAUCUGUGAACAAGAUUCAUUGUAAAAUACCCUCAGAAAUCUAAAUUCUGUCAAAGAUCAAACCAAAGUCAGUGUUCACAAGAAGUUUGAUCAACAGUACAAAAUAUCCAGCCUUCUUUCUUAUUCUGGGCUGCUCUUUGAAAUGGCUAUUGCAUUUGGAUUUUUAUUUCCUCUCAUAGGGCUGCACAGCAGCAAGGGAAGCUGAAGUGGGAAUUAUGUGGAGAAUCUCUGCAAACUUGUUUUUUAGAGCCAUUGACUCUCAGGAGUCCAAAUAGGAGACCUAAUGCCAGAUGGUUUGUGGGAUCCCUCAAGACUUCAGAUACUGUUGCUGUUGUUUUAAAUCAGGCAUAGGCAAACUCCGGCCCUCAAGAUGUUUGGGACUACAAUUCCUGUUAGCUAGGGAUGAUGGGAAUUGUAGUGCCAGACAUCUGGAGGGCCAGAGUUUCCCUAUGCCUGUUUUAAAUGGUGCACUUGAGCUGUCUCCCAAUUGUACCCUUUCUUUCCCCACAGCGCAAAUCUCAGCCGCACCAGGAGCAGAGAGCUGGGAUGCACCUGGACCUGCAUUCAUUGGCCAAGUUGAGGCAGGAUGGGGUGCCUGCUACUGACGACUCUCCAAAGUUUGCCUAUGAACUUGGGCAGGAUGGCAGAUAUGGUAAGGUCUAACCGUGCUUGAACAAGGUGUAUGAAAAAGCGCUCUGGAGAAAUGGGGGUUUCAGAUUUGUAUCCAAGAAACUUCUCACCUUAUAUAUGUCUGGCAUAUUUGUUAAUUUGUUGUGUGGAGAACAUACUGUGUCUGCUUUAUAAACUAAAGUCGACCUCUUCCUAUGGCCAAACAGAAACUGCUUAGGCUCCCACAGCUCACCAAAGUAAUACCCAUAAUCUGCUGUAAAGUUAGCAGGCUGCUGGUUCAUGUGUAUCGUACAUAUAUGUGUUCUGUGCCGUUUCCUGUCUGUUAGGGAAGCAAUUUACAUGCUAGUAAGAAAAUAUGCAAUAAUUAUAUUAUCAAGGUAAGGAUGGUGAAGAUGCUGAAGUCUGUUCUUCCUGAGUAUCAAAAAGUAUGAACACAACAUACUAAAUCUAUGACUGUUGGGUAAAUGUUAGCCGUUGUUUAAAGCGUUAUAGUCCUCCAGUAUCCCUUAUUAGAAAGCAGAGCAAAGUGGCAACCAGUCUCUGAAAAAGCCGGUUUUCACAUAUUUUCCAGCAGGGAGAUUUGUGGGCACUUUAUUGAGUACAUUUGCAUCCCGCUGCCAAGGUUUCCCAGUGAGCUUCAUGGCUGAAUGGGGAUUUGAACACCGGUGUCCCAGGUCGUGGUUCAACACUUUUGUCCAGGGGUAGCCAGCAUAGUACCCUCCAGAUGUUGUUGGACCCCAACUCCCAUCAGCCCCAGACAGCGAGGCCUGUGAAAAGGAGUGAUGGGAGUUGUAGUCUAACAUCUGGAGAGCACCACAUUGGUUGGCCACUCCUAGCUCACUUUAGGGGGAAAGUGCAUAGUGUAACGUGGCGAUAAGUGUGUAUUAGGUUUAGUAUAUGCAUGGAGUAGCAAACAGUGGCCAUGACCAUUAGGGUUAAAAUAUACACUCACGCUGCCAUCCUGCUGCUGCUUGGUUUGUGUCCAUAGCAGCAAAAGCGGCACGUCAGGGAGUGCUAUUAGAUAAUAGGUUGCUGUAUCUGAGUGUUAAACUCCUGCCAAACUGAGCUAGAUACAAAUCUGUCGGACAAUAUAAAGCAGAGUGUUUCCAUUGAUGGACAGCAAUUUAAGCAGGUUUCUUUCUGGCAGGGGGAAAAAACGGCUUUGGUUGAUGCUAGCUGGGUGUUUGCCAUUACUGCAGCAGGCCUCAAGGUGUCACUGUUUCAUACAUAACGCAAAGUGGGUUUAGAAAUCACUGCCACAGAAGAGUAAAGCCUGAAUGGGUUUGCAUAAUCCAUUUACGUUUGUCUCAUCGCUGUUGCCUCUCAUUGUUAAAUAAUUGCUUGGCUUAAGGCAGAAUGAUCCUUAACAACUGAUCUGUGGCAGUGGUUUCAAAACUCAGCCAAGGGCUGUUUGUGGAGAAAGACAAUGAGAGUAUUGCCUGUCAGGUUGACCACAGCUGCCGUUCUCAGUGCCGUUCUCAGUGCAGUUGUACAGUCCAAUAGAUUUAUUUAGGGGCUUUCUUGUUACAGAUGAUUGUAAUAACGUUUUUGACUGUCCUGUAUAAGGGAUGUACCUGUUUUGAGGUUGCCAGGACUCUGUCCUCCCACAAUAGGAGACGGGUGAGGUUCUGUUUCUGGUGGGCGCAUGGAGUUUCAAAGUUGCUCAAAUCUCAGAGUGUCUCCCAAGCAGAACAUGAUGUAAAUGAGCCUAAAACCUCUCCGCCAAAGCUUUGGGGUGGAGGGCAAGGUACUAAGGUAUUGUCUCUGCCAUCACGCUGCACUUUGAAGGUGUUCCAGGUACAAAAGGACUGAGUAACAGGAGAUGUGAAAGACCUUUGCCUCAGACCCUCGAGGGCCACUGCCAGUCAUAGGAAGUCCUGAGGCAGAUGAACAAAUAUAACAAGUCAUACUAAGGCUGUGUUCUGAAUUCCUGUGUAGCACAACAUGGAUGAGCUUCAGUCACCCUGAAUUCGGAUUGGUGGAAUAGCAGUUUGGGUUUCCAAGGAAUAUCUCCUAGGGGCUCUGUGUUCUUUUAUCCUCCUACAGUGAAGUACCUGACUCUAAAAUAACUGGGAGCUUUCCUGCAUAUUCUGCAGUUGAAUCUAUAAAUACGUUAAGGGCAGUGCAUUGGCUGGCCGUUUUGGGUUCCAGAUGGCCCAAGCGCAUUGUCUACCUAGGAGAAGGAUGGGGUGUGAUUUUCUUUUACCUCUUUGCAGUUUUCCGGCCUUGUCAAGCCACUGUCCUGAUGCUGUACAGAGAUGGGUCUUUCCAAAAGGAAGUUGGCAGAGGGCAACAGUGUGGGGUCCUUCUAGACAGAACCUGCUUCUAUGCUGAGCAGGGCGGCCAGGCACCUGACCAAGGCUACAUGCUGCAUGCAGCACAGCAGGUAAGGCUCUUCACUGGCCAGGCCUGAAACAGGUGCCUCCUGAGCCUCCUGCCUGUUCUGUUAGGCUGGGCAUGACCUCCCUGAAGAGGACUCUGUGCCCUGGCUCCAGUCACUGAGCAGCAUCUUGUCUUUGCCUAGGCUUUCUUCUGUGUGUCUCAGGCACUGUGUGAGCUAUAGGAAAGGAAGAGGGUUAAGCUAUUGUUUGAUAGCAGUGCUCUAAGGGAAUUCCGAUGCUCUUACUUUGUAGCUAGGUUAAUGCACCGUCACCACUUCAAUAGCUGAGUGAAAUAUUUCCUCUGUUCCCUAAGCCAGCUCUUUGUUGUAGAUGAUCCUGCUCUCAUGGAGGGUUGACUGGAAUUCCCCUACACAUUCAUUGAUAUCAUCCCUGAGUGAGCCGAGCAAAUCACUCUUGAGCACGGGCCAUUUGAGGUUGCUGCAAAUCCUCACUGCUGGGAAAAAUGCUAGAGAAUUCAUUGGUCAUGUGAGCUCCUUGGGAGGUGGGGGGGGUGAGGAACUUGAGACACACAGACUGUUGUUGUAGCAUUAACGCUGAGCACAGGCAAGCCUGUCUCUUCUGCAGCUCGUUUUGUGUUUGUCCCGGAGGUUAAUUUAAGAGACUGCUAUAUUUUUUACAAGCCUGCCAGAGUGACCUGAGUUCCCUUUAUUCCUCUGGAAAACCCAGACUGGGAAGAGAAUUGAGAAUUUGUGCUAACUCUCCCAUUUGUCUUGUUUCUCCUUUUGAGGACAUGCUUUUCCCUGUGGUAUCUGUACAAGUAUCCGGUGGCUAUGUGGUACAUGAAGUGAUUGUCUCUGAAACCCUGAAGGUCGGGGAGCAAGUGCAGCUUUUUGUGGAUGAGGUAAUUGUCAUUGCCAGGAGAUGGCAGAGAGUUUCUGGUUCUGUGCUGUGCAUCAUGACUGGCACACAUGCCAUGUAAGCAGAUCAUAUUGGGUAGGAAAGUAGUGCAGAAAAUAGAGAGAGGAUUAGGGGGACCAAGAUACAGAAGAUGCAGAAUUUUACCUCUGAUCACACUUUCUCUCUCUUACAAUUCUUAACAAACAUAGAUGUUGCAGCUUAAUUUGCAUCUAAGAAAUCCAGGAAGAGAGAUCCCCAAGAAUUCUCCUUUGCACACCCCACUAAAAUGGGUGAUAUGCAAAAAUGGAUUUCUCAGUGGAAGUGUUCCUUGUUCCCAGCACAAUAGACGCCAGAGUUCCAGCAGCAAUCCUAGGCACAUUUACUAGGGAGAAUUGGAUGGACUUUGCUUUGAAGCAAACAUGCAUGGGAUUGGACUAUUAAUUAAUCCAGCAGUUCUGUUAAAUGCUUCAAAGUGGGCUUGUAUGCUGGAUUGCUAGCUGGGGGGGGGGGGGAGUUUAAUGUACUGUAACUUAGUUCUUCCAAAACAAUGAAAUCUUUCUCAUGAAUCAUUUACUUCUAAUAGGUAAAGUGGUUUUGAUCCUUGUUUCCUUUGAGGGAGGUUACUAUUUAUAGUCUCUUUUGAGGAAUAAGCUCUGUAGCAGAAGUGAAAUGUCAUACCGGGGAUUUCCCAUAUGUUAAUGCAGAAUCUUUUAGGCUGUUUUAAGCCAAGCUUGCUUUUGUUAUUUAGCUCAGGUGGUGGGGUGUUAAACCAGCCAUGGCUGGUGUUUGGGCUAUCAGGGGGUUUAAUUAAUUGCUGCUUAUCUAGUGAAUUUAAUGGGAAACAAGUGUUGCGGAUAUAACAAGGACUCGGUUUUCUUUGGCUGUACUCUAGAAGACUGACUCUCUCCCUCCCCUACCUUUCCAUAGCCAGCAAGGUAGUUCGUUCUCAGGUGGGACUUCACUAUAGGUGCAGGCACUGUCCCCUUGCAUACAGCUGUGUCCAAAUCUUGGUGGUGGUGGAGAUGGGCACACAGCUCAUGGACAGACAACAUGCUGUGCAUGCAGGAGGUCUUGGGUUCAGUCUCUGCAGUCUCCAAUUACAACCGAUCUCAACUACUGGGACUGGCGAAAAACCCCGCCUAAGAGCCAGCCAGAAUAGCCAAGGUCUGACUUAAUAUAAAGCACCAUGAUUUAUGAAUUUGUAAGUUCAGUCUGCUAGUGCUAUGCAUUCAUUGUGUCCUCCUUUUCUCCCCCGUCCCCCAACCCUGGAUCUUCCUAUUCUUCUUCCCCUGCCCAGGAAAACAAGGCAAUGUCCACCAGUACUCCUUUCUCACCCCAAACAUUGUGUUUUUGUUUGCUUUCAGGCCCAGAGGUUGGCCUGCAUGACAAACCACACAGCCACCCACCUGCUAAAUUUUGCGCUUCGCCAGGUCUUGGGAGAGGGUGCGGAGCAGCAGGGGUCCCAUGUGACUGCUGAGUAUCUGCGAUUUUCCAUCAGCACCAAGGUGACUACUGGGGUCUCCAAAUUGCUCACAUUAGAGCAGUGAGGGCAAUGGGGCGUGUGGCUCAUCUGGGAAGUUGGGCUGCAGGCAUCAGCCCAGCACUUCCUCUCUUCUCGCAAUUCUGGAGUCCGGCCACUACUGCUUUAGGACUGGACUGAUUGUUGCUCUGUGUUCUAUGAGCCCCAGGCUACUUUGAGCCUGGCUAUGGUAAAAUUAUCAGAAGAGCUCCAUGGUGAAUAGGAUCCUUUAAAACUACUGACAGCCCAGAAUGUGCUUCCCUUGGUGGAGGAACAUGUAACUGCUGGUAAUUCUGACCCAUGUGUCCCUUUGUGGUAAAUUAACAAACGGAGAAAGGGGCUUGUUACUGCAUUUGCUUGCUUGACUGUUUCCAUAUGAGUCCAAGUGGAAGAGACUGUUGUGUGAGCCACAGAGCUGGAGAGAGUGAGGAAGAGUGGUUCACAGGAUCUAAUUUUAGAGUCUGGAACUGCAGAAUAGGGUCUCAGCCUGCAGUGAACGCAAUAAUCCAAUAUCUGAUUAUCCACAGAGAAGUAGACUUCGCCCAACCUUAACUGCUCACAUGGAAGCUCUGUGCUUUUACUAAAGCAAAUAAAGGAACUGAUUUAAGUUCCAAUAUUUUUCUUAGCCUAUGAUGAUUAUGAGUAUUCAAAAAACUGUGGUUCAGGACAUCAGCAUUGAGAACUCUAUUUUGUAGAUGGGGAAAUUGAAACAUAAAAGUAUGACCCAAAAUAGAACCCUGGAGACCAGACACCUAUUCCUCUGGACUUCUAGCCAUCUUACAGUACUUAAUUCUUCAUGUCGCGUAACAUUGCAUCAUUCUGAUGAAAAUAUCACCUGCUUCACCAGACUCCCAUAACGAUACAGCAGCUGCUAGACGUAGAAAGUGUGAUCCAGGAGGUGAUCAAAAGGAAUGAGGUGGUCUAUACCGGAGAAGCCCCCAUCAAGCUGGCAAGUGCUGUGCAAGGACUCCGGAAACUAAAUGAAGUAAGUCGGGGAGGACAGUGACCAGUGGCAACCAUGCAGCUGGUGGGGUGACAAUUGGUGUCACCCAGGGAAACUGCCCAGCAGUAGGGUCCAGUCGUAAGCACUUCUUCACAUAAGAGCACAAUCUGGCAUCAGUUUACAACCUUUAUGCAGCUUUUGCGGUGCUGUAUCCUAGCCUUGUAAAUAACCCCACAAACUAGCCUGCAAAAAUGAUUUAUUAGACUUCUGGAGGCUGGUGGAAGGGGCUUCCCUCCUCCCACAAUCCACUUGGUUUCUCUGCUUGACUCAGUGUGCUUCAGCUGUGAAAAGGGCAAAUUCCACGCUAGGGGUCAUUAGGAAAGGAACUGAAAAUAAAACUGCCAAUAUCAUAACGCUGUUACACAAAUCUACGGGGCAGCCACACUUACGAUACUGUGUACAAUUCUGGUCACUUCUCCUCAAAAAGGAUACUGCAGGGUUGGAAGAAGGUUCAGAAAAGCACAACCCAAGUGAUCAAGGGGAUGGAGAAAUCCCCCUAUGAGGAAAGGUUGCAGUACUGCAACCAUUUGAGUUUAGAGGAAAAGCGAGUAAGAGGCGACAUGAUAGAAGUUCGUGAAAUGAUGCAUGCCAUGGAGAAAGUGGGCAGAGAGGAGGUUUUUCCCCUCUAUCCUAACACUAGAACUCAUGGACAGCCAAUGAAGUUAACGGUUGGAAGAUUCAGGACAGGUGAAAGAACGUCGUCAUUCACUGUGGAACUCGCUCCCAUAGGAGACAGUGAUGGCCGCCAACUUGGAUGGCUGUAAAAGAGGAUUCGACAGCUGUCCUCUGUCCGCCUGCAAUUCCAAGCAACUGGAGAUAGAACAUGGCCACUGUGACUACGAGCCGUACCUCCACAUUAGUAGUCAGAGUGGCUAUGUUCUAUCUCCACUUGCUUUGAAUUGCAGGUUGGCAGAGCACUCCCGUGCUUCUGGUUGUGAACUUCCAACAGGCAUCUGGUUGGUUGCUGAGAGAGCAGGAUGCUGUACUAGAUUGGCCAUUGGCCUGAUUCUAGCAGCCUUUUUUUAUGUUAGGAGAGGCAGCACACUCCAUCCUUCCUCUUCCAGCCUGUGUGCUAUACCCUGGCCACCUCUGUCUUCCAUACCAGGCUGCAGUAUGUAGCUGAUUCUUUUGGUUUAGUUUGCCACAGCCUUAUAACUCUGCAGAUAAUCCAGCCUUCCUUCCUUCCUUCCUCUCUUUCAGGUGUACCCAGAUCUAGUGCGAGUAGUAUCCAUAGGGGUUCCAGUGGAAAGAGUGCUGGCUGCGCAGUCUAAAGAUGCCACGUCCACCUCCGUGGAGCUCUGCUGUGGAACGUAAGUGUCAUCCUUCCUCUUAGUUUCUCUCACAUAAGAGAAACCUUUUUCAGCAACCCUCUACUGGGUACCUCUGAACUGGCUCUCUUUCCCCUUCCUUAAUCAUAGCUGUCCUCAGGCCCAAGGGGAAGGCCAGCGUCUGCAUCAUUGCUUUGAGACAGUUUUACAUACGAUUUUUUUUUUUUUUAUAAUAUUUUUUAUUGCAUUUUUCCAGAUAGAAAUACAAGGUCAGAUAUACAAAGAAAUAACAGAAAAAAGAAAGAAAAAGAAGAAAAUCAUCUUUUCAAAGCAUUUUUCCAUAACCAACCGGACUUCCCCCCGUCCCCCUCACCUUGCGUUCUUUACAAUAAAAUUUUUCAGCAAAUUAUAACCUUAUUUCGUGCAUUCUUUUGUUCAGUUUUACAUACGAUUUUUGACCACCUUAUAAGCAGCUAAUAUUGUUUGUUGAUUAAAAGAACCAUACCGAGCAGUUACUAAAUGCAUUCUGGUGGGUCAACCACUUCCCAUUUCUUUGUAGCUUCAUUAGUAACAUGAAGGUGAUUCAUUCUUGCUAUAUUGGCAAAGGGGCUGAUUGUUAAAAGCGCUGUUGAAAUGCAGAAUUAUAUUUUUUCUUGCUUUCACCUUGGCUAUUUAUCAUUUCCAGGAAAUGAAUUACUUGAGUAUCAGAGAGCAUAAAGUAUGUACGUUUCUUGCAAGCAUUUGAAAUCCAAAGAGCACAAUUGUGACAUUGCAUGUAGUAAACAGCUGGUGUGAGAUGCCAGGAUAUGCUCUCUCUUCAGCACACUACGGACUUCCUUGACUGACAGUGUCUCCUGAAGGUCUUUCCCACCUGUUACCAGGAAUUCUUUUUAACGGGAGAGAUGGUAGGGGUUCACUCUGAAACCUUUACGUACACAACACUUGUACUCUUCCAUCGACUUAUGACCCCUUUCCAAAAUAAAAAAGGGAAUUUGAUGGCAAUGCUGACACCUGCCAUUUGUUUCUGCUGUCUAGGCACCUUCUGCAGAUAGGAGAUGUACAAGACUUCACUAUCGUUUCUGAGCGGCAGCUGGUUAAAGGAAUCAGCCAUAUUGUUGCAGUGACCAGAGAGCAAGCCAAGCAAGUAAGGCUGGAUUGCUUUUGUCUGAUGUUGCAGAUGUGCACAGGUUGUCUGCUGCUGUUUUGCUCUGCUUCACUGCAUGAUCUUUAGAGGGCUCCUAGAGUGCUUCACCCGCCUGCCUGCCACAAUCACAAACACUUGCAAUUAUUUUUCACCAGUUGCCUCUGUUCUGCUGCUCACAAGCAGAUGCACUGGUUGGCCUUCACCCCUGAUCUCACGGCAGGAAUGCCAGAACCUUAUGCCCUUGCUUCACCCUCGCCAUCUCCAAAUUCAGCAACUCAGAAUCAAUCAAUCGAACAAGUUCGCCUCCUUUGUGUUAUCAUUCAUUGUGAAGAGGCUGUGAUUGUAAAAGGAAGUGGGGUCAAUCUGUAUGGGUGGCGAGUAGGGUAGACCACAGAGAGAGUGUAUAAGCAAACAAGGAGCUCUGCAGGCCAUAGAAGCUUCUCUGCCUGAUUAGUGGAAGCUUCAUACAGGUCUCUCUCUGGCUCUGACCAUUAAGGAGAUGUCUUCCAAGACUGAGCAAGCACAUUGUGAGACACAAACAGAGCUCUUUCAACAUCCUUUUCUACCACUGCUUUUCGUAGUACUCCACUUCCUUUUUGAAACAGGGUCAUAGCAUUCCACAUUAGCUAGCUUUUGACUAAUAACUCCUUGUCCUUCUCUUACUUCAAUUCCCUUGACCCCUCUUCUCUCUCUUUCCCCACCCCCUCAAACUUGGGUGGUCAUUUCUUUUUUGCUCUGGCUCUUGCUGACCACUAACCGCAUCUGGCGGCUUCAGAGCAAAAAGGCCCCGUUAACUUAGGUGCCUGCUAGGUGGCCAAGCAGCAUUGUCUUCUGCCUUCCCCUUGGCUGUUGGUGGCAAAAGAUUACAUUAUUCCCAAGAUUUGUAUUUUUGCUCUGGCACUUGUGCUGCUUGUCUAGUCAUCUCCUCCACUGUUACAUUUUUGACAAGGUUCAGCCUGCCACGGAGGAGAGAAAGCUUCAGGGCAGGCUGGCCUAGAUUACUGAAAGCGCUGACCCGAGGCAGCUUUGUGUCAGUGGUUCAUGUUCACCUGCAGCUCCCUUUUAUGUUUAUCUCUGAAGGGAGCUGUUCUCAUUCAGGCUUGUGUUUGCUAAGCAGAUGGAAGCAGCUACGGCGAUAACUCAAAGCACAUCUUGCAGCGAGAAGCCAGAGUAGGCAAUUAUGUGCUUGCUCUGCUCUUACAGCUACUGAUUUCCUGCAACUGGAGCUUAAUUCUUCUGUUGGUCCAAGCAGAUUCGGACAACCGUUUUGAUGUAGAAUGCUAUUUGCGUACUGUUCCUAGGUCAGGGGAGUGGAGCUUCUCCCCUUGCCCCCAAGUGUCGCUGGAUUAUGACAACCAUCUUCCCUGACAUGAACUGAGGCUCAUAAGAAAUGGAGUCGUCCCCCCCAUUCGGCAUCUGGAGGGCCACAGGUUCCCCAUCCCUGUCCCAGAUGUAGCACACAAAUCAUUCAGAAAACAGUACUGCAUACUUGAGUGGUAAAGAUCAAGCUGUUUAGGGUGCUUCCUAAGUAAGGACAUAAGAGUGCUGGAUCAGGCCAAUGGCCCAUCUAAUCCAGAAUCCUGUUCUCACUGUGGCCAGCCGGAUGCAAGCAGAACAUGAGCAGAAAUGCACCCUCCCCUCCCGUGGUUUCCAGCAAGAAGCUGCUCCAGCAGCUGCUAGGCCUGUUCACACAGUUGGCUAUUCUGGACUCUUUUGAUCUUCUGCUUUGAAUAUACAUAAAAAGUCUGGCAGAAAUUUGUGACAGCCCAAGCUUUUUCUUUUCAUUUGUUAAAAAGGACCUGGCUUUUAGCUGAGGAGCGUCGAUGGGCAUACUGUAUAACCGGAAACCUCGUCUAGAAGUAGUUGACUUUCUCUUGACCUCUGACUUUCUAAUUUGGUGGCACCAUCAAGGUCUUUGAAAUACUAGCUUACUCCAGAGCUGGAGAAAGUGGAUUGGCUCCCUUCCAUCUUUCGGUCGCAUGGAGCCUAGCAGGCGAGAAGGAAUGAGAUCAGCUUCUCAUUAUGAUAGGAACCGAUCAGAUGAAGAGCAGAUCAGUAAAACAAAUAGACUCAUCAGGGCUCCUCUCUCUUUUUUUAAUCCAUCCCGUGUGCCUUUUAUCUUUGUGCAAAACCACAAUUUGUGGAAUGAAUGCCACAAAUAAUUAUCUACUUGUUUAAAACAGUUGAGGAAACCCUUGGGACUCUUCCCAGACCAGACUCCUCGCUGCCCUUGCUCUCUACCCCUUCCUUCAGUGCUUUUGCCUAGCUGGAAUGUGUCCUUGAACUGAAGUCAUCCCUCUUGCUUGCCUGGAUAGGGAGGGGUGUGUGUCUGUGUGUCAUGGCUCCCUAUAGCCGUGUCCUCCCUAAAACCAUAUAUUUCCUAUAACCAUGUUCUCUGGGUGGCUCUCAGCAACGAAAGACCAUAGCUCAGCAGCAGAGUGCACACUUGCAUGCAGAAGGUCCCAUGUUCAAUCCCUGGUCCUUCCAGGUAGGGCUGGAGGAGACCCCUGCCUGAAACCCUGAAGAGCUGCUGCCAGUCAGGGUCAGUCAGUACUGAGCUAGAUGGACCAGUAGACUGACUUCACAGAAGGCUCUUGUCUUUCUCUUGCCAUAGGCUACAAUUUCUGAGGGGAUUGUGUGUUCCCUGUGUGGUAUAUCAAAUAAUCCCAAAGGCAAAUUGGUGUGGGGGGAAAUAACUCUAAUUUCACUCUGUCACUGAGCACUUUCUGAAAAGGAUCUGCCUCCCUAUUUUUCGCUUGGUUUCUGAGCCAGCAUGUAUCAGUGGUGACAAAUAUCCAGCAUAAUUUGAGAUACUAUCUCUAUCUCAACAAAGUUAAUUAGCAGUCACAUAAACCUAAUCUAGUAAUUGCACAAUGCCCAGGGCUCUAGCCCCUGAAAUAAACUCCCAACAGGCUUGUGACUGAAAAUGGUUACGCCCUUUGAAUUGCAAGCACAACCUCUUGCCCUUUGUAUGGUUUCUGCCGAAAGGGGUCAGACAUUUUUAUUACUCUCUUAGGCUCGGGAAGCUGGCCAGGCUUUGGCUAAGGAAGUGGACUCCCUCACAGUGCGAGUGAAACUGGGAGGAACCAUGAUCGACGAGGCCCAGAGACUCUCCAAAGAAGUUGGCCAGCUUACUAUUGUGAGUCCUUUCUCCCUCCCCACAACAAGGGCCCAAGAAAGGUUUCCGAAUGCUUCUUGAAGACGUGUUUCCCUGCUCGUUCCUCGUUCUGUGAUUCCUGCUGAAGUUGAAAUAAUGGCUAACUUUCCCUGAAGAGGCUUUUAUUUCACCUUCUAGCGACCAUAUCAGUCUGGUUGAAGUGCCCUGUGUUUCAUGGCAUAGAGGGUGAGGUCUCUGGGUGCUUUGAUAAUUUAACCUGUAAUGAAGAAUCUGCUGAGGUCUUAUCAACUCCCUCCCUCAAAAGUCCAUCUGCGUGGCCCUGUGCAAUAGAAAUAAAACACUGCCUAUCCUCCACUUUGGGUUUUGGGUUGUUGUUUUUUUAAUUGGUAUUUCUUUUUAUUUAAUCAAGAGCAUAUAAUGCAGUGACAUAAUAAAAAAUAAAGAAAAAACACACAAUUGAAUGAAAACUAAAUACAGCACCACCACCACCCAAAAAAAUACACAUUUGGAUCAUUUCAUUCACAAUCCCUGUGGGGGGAAAACAAUAGUUAUUUAUGCUGGAGGGUAGUAAUAUUCUUUUUCUUAAAAAAUAUUUGCUUGAAAAAGUAUAUUAAAAUACUGUCCUCAAGGUCUUACGAAAUUCUCACUUGAAGCUGAAAACUUAGUAAGGAUUCCAAAUAGUAUCGUAUUUCACAGGAGUCAUUUGAACAUUGCUACCAUCAUUUAUAUACAAAAUAAUUUUUGCCAAGUAGUUGCAUAUGAAUCUUUGUUUAUCCUCUAGUGCACUUUUAUUUUUAGUCAAUUUUUCAACAAUUCUAUGAGAAUGGUGGUAUAUAAAUGUAGUUAAAAAUAAUAAUCUUGUUUUGUUAUAUUAAAUUUAAUUUCUAGGAACACCAUAGCUGUCACUGAAUAAUACUCCCACCACCAAUGUGCCCUUAUGUUUUUUAUAGCACCAGCAUUUUGGGGAGAUAUUGGGGUUAAUAUUUGAUAAAAUCAGAAGUAUAUAGUGCUACCUAAAAAUCGCAUGCAACUUUCAUGGUCUUUUCUUCUUCCUCCUCCUCGUCUCCUCUUCUUCCGUCUAAGGGACUUCUGCCAUUGUCCUAUUCUCCCUUCCCUUAAUUUUUAAAUAAAAUAAUGACCAGGAACAGGAGCACAGCUCCAGUAUUGGAGAGCUCUGGCAGAAGCAGUUGACACCACUGCAAUACACUACAUGGUUCAUACUUUGCAUGCAAGUCCAUCACAUCCAAAGGGCUAGUUGUAAUUGAGGCUCUUUUGCUAGGAAACAGGCUUCAUUCUUCUGGUCAUAGGAGUCAAAAUUCCUCUCUUCAGUUGCAUCCCUGGAGCAUCUUUUCAUCCCCGCCCCCCGCGCAAUCACAGGUAACAGAGCCAAUUUGUUUUGCAGAUCGUGGACAGCACCACAAUACCUCAGUGGCAGAAAAGAGAGCUGCAGGCCACUCUUAAAACUCUGCAGCGAACAGCCAACACAGCAGUUAGAAAACUGGAAAUCAGACUGGUAAGAAUCCAGCAGCAGAUCAGCCUUGUAAUCUGCAGGCAUGACAGAAGUAUGGGAAGCUUGUCCUUUUCAAAGGAGUGAAUUUAUUACCAAACUUUUCUGUAAAGAAAAAGAACUCUAAGCAGCUCUGUUAUCUAGUGUUCUAAAUCAAUUGCUUUUAAAGCAACCUUAGUCCACUCUCUGAUGAAUGGCUCCCAAGCACAGUUCCCCUCGAGCUCUGAAGAACCGAGUGCUCUUUCUGGCAUACAUGAAGGAAGGAAGCUUCCUAGAGCUGGUUGGCCUUCCCUUUGCCACAGUUGAGAGGCAGGGUGUGCGUGUCAGGGAGAAAUGAACAGAGAGUCUGGCACGCGGCUUGCUGUGUACUCUUCACUCUUUUGUAUCAAAAAAGCCUAACAUUUGCACUAAGAAAACUCAAUUCAAUUUUUUUGCAAACAAAUUAUGCAAAAAAAUUUCCCACAUUUAUAUAAACUUGAAAUUUUUUGCUUAAGUUGACUGUUUUACAUCUGUUCUGAUAUUGGAGAUUCUGCCAAAUCUGAUGCUCUUUCAGAAUGGAAGCUUGCUCUCUUGAGAGGAAAGAAAGCUGUGGUGAAAUGGCAGCUGGGCGUGCCAUGAGCCUGAAGCAGAAAGAGCAGAGUUGGUUCCUCUAACCCCUGGACACUGAAAUUUCUUACGUAUACUGCCUGCCUGUUUCAAAUCUAACUUCCCAGCCAGAAUGGUUAGAUAGUACUCAUUAAAAGGAGCAACAUUAAAAUUUUAGGAAGAUUCCUAAAUAAGCUCCGUAUUGAAAGAGAAGAGCAGUCCUUACCAAACUUGGCAAUGGUUUUCGUCCAAUAAGUGUAGCUUCAUUAAAGAAGCCAAGGUGUAAAUGGGUGCUAAAUCUUCCUGCCCCAUCCCCCUUAAAAUACCUAGGUAAAUGGUUGCUAGGAAUGGCUCCUGUGGGUAAAACAAACAUGUCCCCUGGGCAUCAUUUUUUAAAAUGGUGCUUGGCAGAGAUGUGGAUGUGCAUUUGGAAGCAUUUUCUCCCCUAUGGCGCAAAUUUUAUGUCUGCUACAUAGUGCACUGCUGACUGCAUUCCCCCACCCCCUUUUUCCAGGCUGCAGAGAAAGCAGAUGACCUGCUAGCAAAGUAUUCCAACCAGCCAGUCAUCAUAGAUACCAUCCCUGUUGAGUCGCCCUCAGUAAGUUUCUACCAGUUGUGCAUUUCUUUUGGAAAGCAAGGGUAACAGGCAACAAGGGCCAAGCUGCAUUAGCUACCUGUGAGCAAGUCCAACUUGUCCUGUUGUGGCAGAUCAUUCCUUGAGCUCAGCUCUCACAGCUGAUGAUACUGUAAGGAUUUUGGAAGGCCAGAGAGAAGGUAAACCUUGAGCUCCUCAGCAAAUUGGGCAUCCGUUGAGGGUGGGCUUGCUGGCAUGCUCUGAAGAUUUUUGUUGAAGAGAAUUUCCCUCUUUCUUUCUUUCUUUCUUUCCCCAUAACCAGUACAGUGGUACCUUGGGUUAAGAACUUAAUUUGUUCUGGAGGUCCGUUCUUAACCUGAAACUGUUCUUAACCUGAGGUACCACUUUAGCUAAUGGGGCCUGCUGCGCGAUUUCUGUUCUCAUCCUGAAGCAAAGUUCUUAACCCGAGGUACUAUUUCUGGGUUAGCGGAGUCUGUAACCUGAAGCACCUGUAACCUGAGGUACCACUGUACAAGUUCCUUUUUUGCAUCUGUUAUCAUCCAGUUCCCCAUAGGCUGCCCAAAGUGUACCAGAAACACUUCAGAACAUCACAAUACACUUUAAAAUUCCAGUGGUUUUUCAUGUGCUUAACUUUCUUAAUCAAAAUUGUAUAUAUAACAUUGCAGGUCUUUGAGGGAGCAUUUCAGUGUAGCAAACACAAGGGAUUUUAUUUUAACUUAUGCUCUUUCUAGGUCCUGAUGAAAGUGGUCAACCAGUUAUGUGACAAGGUACCAGGGUCCUCAGUGAUGUUGCUAAGUCCACAAGCUUCUGGCCAGGUGUUCUGUGCCUGCCAGGUAUCCAAGGUAAGCAGGAUCCUGUCCCUUGGCUGAUAGCUGGCACUGUUCUCUGGAACAUAGAAUGCAGGAGCCUCAUACAGUAACUGUUUCCUAUUGUAGAACAUAAGUUUUGAAUUUUGGCGCUUGUGCUUUCAUUAAGUGGUGGAAAAACCAUUGCAAAUUUUCAUUGCCAUAACAGUUUGAAUAAAUAGAAAACACAAAGCCCACUGCUUGAUGGUCUUUCCUUGACUGGGUCUAGAUAAGGUUUCACAACCAAGGAAAAACAAAUUCUGUACUCAGCCUAAAUGGGAGAAAUUGCAAAAAGGAGGCUAGAGGUUGGAAUAACAACCAUAGAGGUGCAAGAAAUCAUAGCCAUGGCAGAGGACAUUUAAACCCCAUGCUCUGAACUUUAAGGAAAUCUAAGAGCCAGUGUGGUGUAGUGGUUAAGAGUGGUGGACUUGUAAUCUGGUGAACCUGGUUCGCGUCUCCGCUCCUCCACAUGCAGCUGCUGGGUGACCUUGGGCUAGUCACACUUCUCUGAAGUCUCUCAGCCCCACUCACCUCACAGAGUGUUUGUUGUGGGGGAGGAAGGGAAAGGAGAAUGUUAGCCGCUUUGAGACUCCUUAGGGUAGUGAUAAAGCAGGAUAUCAAAUCCAAACUUCUCCUCCGGUAUCAGUUACAGGUUCUGCAUGUGUGCAGUGAAUCCAUUAAGAGUGCAUAAUAUGCACAUUCUGUGAAUGUAAGGUUUUGCACCUGUAAUGUUGCCAGUCUAUCAGCUUUGAGUAACAAAAGUCCAGAAUCGGACUGACUAACACCAAGUUGCCUACAUAUUUGCUCUACUGGGCCAUUCCUGGCAGUUCAGCUAAUUUUUCCAUUUUUUGGUCUUCUUCCCCAGAGUUCCUUGCCGGUGUUUUCUGCUGCUGACUGGGCCCUGGCUGUCUGCACUCAAAUGGGAGGCAAGGCAGGUGGUUCUGGAGUUGUAGCCAGGGGCAGCGGGACAACCAGUGACUUGCAAGGAGUUCUGACAGCAGCUCUGGAAUAUGCAAAGAGCAAACUCUGAUUCCUGCUUGCAAGGUCAACGUGUCCGUGCAAGAACACCGAAAUGGGACAGUUGCUUGGCUGCGAUUGCUAACAAGAUCUGUCUACAGUGGCUAAGCAGCACCUGUUGUGGUAUCAUAACAGUAGAUCUGUCUUGGACUGCAGCUUCUUUUGCAAUAUUGAGGUGGCAGAAGAGUCUGGACUUGCCCAUCUGGUCCUUCAUGAAACAUUAUUAUUGCAUUUGCAGAUAAUGGUGUGAGAGGAACAAGGCUGUCCCAUAAAUGCAGAGGAAGGUAGCAGACAGUGACAUAAUGAAUCUGACCAUCAAUGGAGCUGAGGGCACCCUGGUGAGAGGAAAGUAACUACAGUAUUGCCAUUAUGAUAAUGAAUAGCAGAGAGGCACACUUGUGAUUCACUUUGGGAUGAGGAAAGAUGGGAGCUCUUUUUCCCAGGAGACCAAGGCCUAUAAGUUCAAUGGAGCUGAUUCCAACAUAGUGUUAGGCUACCAUAUUGUGCAUGGAUGUUUCUUCAGCAGUCUAGCAACAGAGGUUUCAGCCCUGUGCUGUUUUAUUUAUGCAGAUCUUUCGAUCAGGAAAUUCUGUCAAUAUACAAAGGAAAUCUACUUUACACAAAUCAUUGUUUCUAUAUUGCCUAGAUAACUUUCAUCAUCAAAAGUCAUCUUUGAGAUUCUGAAUCUUACUAUAAUUUCCCCAAAAUGCAUAGUAACCUUUUGACCUAAUAGGGGGGGAAAAGUUUUGUGACCAACAAACUGUUAAUUGCAUAAUUAAAAUGAAGCCUAUUGCUGCUACUUAAUCUUUAUUUUGUCCCAUUUUCAACUGUCUCCAAGUGUUACAUUUUCUGUUACAUAAUCCUGGCCAACAGCAAGGAGUACAUGUGUGGAUGCAACACAUACAUGUUCUCAUCUGUGCAACCUCUUGGCUGCCCCUCUUGGCUCUUGGCUGCCCCUCUGUUACAUCAAGCUAGCUUUUUGGGGGAGAAAUCAUUCUAAAAUGCUCCAUAGUGGCUUCUGGCUGCCACUCAGCAUUCAUGCAAAGUCUUGGGAUCUGAAUAAUGGUGGUACCUUCUUUCAUGGUCAAGUGAGCACCGGCACAUUGGGAAGUGAGGG